GUGUCCUUCCGCCGGGGAGAAGGACAACCAACAGUCCUGUACCACAGUCGGUAUAAAUUCAGUAUGGUUUGCACACUAGGUUAAUGACGGGGUAUUCUUAUUUCUCUCCGCCAGGCUUACCAUAGGGUGGAGUGUACUAAUUGUGUGUGGUCACUGAGCCACAGCUGACAUUGACAGGUAGGGUGGUGGAGGGAGUUACUGCUUGAUAAUCAAAGAUAAAUGGGCGAAGUCUCCUGUUGCUUGUAGAUAAUGUUUAAAAUAACGGCCUAUACUAGGCAAUGAAGCAAGUUCAAGUAAACAGUUCAAGAGUCUAAGGGAAAUGGACAUGGAUUUCACCAGAAGCAGAGCUCACCGUUGGAUUACCUUUCGCUAAAGCUUCUUUAAUUUAAAGCUAAUCGGUUUGCUUAUGACAAUGUGGCUUUUAAUUCGUGUUUCUGGAACAUAUUUACAAAGACUGAGGCUCACACUACCCGGGAGGUGCUCCUUGGACCACAGCAUGAGCUUCUCAGUCGGUUCCCGGAAGACUACACAUCGGAGCAGGGUCAGCUGCUCUCUCCGUUCGUCAUCCAAGCCCCAACCGUGGGCUUUGUCGUACAGACCACUCUUCCUACACACCCCUACGUGUACUCGCAUGCCUAUCGCCUUCGCUGGCUCCUCUGCAACAUCACGAGCAACACUAUCAACCGGAGCAGAAAAGAGCCAAUCAGACACUGGAAUAAUACAGCCAAAGACCCCGGUCCCUUUGAACGACGUAAAGAGAAUUUUGGGUCUCGCUCAAUCAGAGAAAUGGAGACUGACAGCUGCUGUCGGCUUCCUCGCCGUCUCCAGUGCAGUCAGCAUGUCUGCACCAUUCUUCCUGGGAAAAGUGAUUGACACCAUAUACAACAGUGCCGCGGACACGGAUACGAUGACAGCAUCAUUGACAUCGCUGUGUAUAACGCUAACGGGAGUGUUUCUAUGUGGUGGUGCAGCAAAUGCUGCCAGAGUUUACCUCAUGCAAAUCUCGGGUCAGAAGAUUGUACGUAACCUCCGUGCCUCAGUGUUCUCCUCCAUACUCACACAGGAAGUGGCAUUUUUUGACCGCAAUAGGACGGGCGAGCUUAUCAACCGGCUUUCGGCUGACACGGCCAUUGUUGGCCGCUCGGUUACAGACAACCUCUCUGAUGGACUGAGAGCUGUCGCCCAGGCCAUUGCCGGUGUCAGCAUGAUGUUCUAUGUCUCCCCCAGUUUAGCUGGCUUUGUGUUGAUGAUUGUUCCCCCCCUGGCCAUUCUUGCUGCAGGCUAUGGCCGGUACCUACGCUCUAUCUCCAAAUGUACACAGGAGGCUCUGGCUGAAGCAACACAGUUGGCAGAGGAGCGUAUCGGCAACUUGCGGACGGUCAGGGCGUUCGGUAAGGAACUGUCAGAGGUCAGCGCGUACACACAGAAGACAGAUGAGGUUCUCAGCCUGGCAAAAAAGGAAGCUGUGCUCCGCGCUGGUUUCUUCGGAGCGACAGGUCUGAGUGGAAACAUCAUGAUCUUGUCAGUGCUGUACAAAGGAGGGCUCCUCAUGGCUAGUCAUCACAUGACUGUUGGGGAGCUGUCGUCCUUUCUCAUGUACACCUUCUGGGUAGGCAUCAGUAUUGCAGGUCUAAGUUCCUUCUACUCUGAGAUGAUGAAAGGUUUCGGAGCCGGCACUCGACUAUGGGAGCUGCUGGACAGGAAACCCGAGUUUCCUCUUAAUGAAGGUCUAGUGCUCCCCACAGACCAAAUAAGGGGCCACAUUGAAUUCUGUGACGUCUCUUUUGCUUACCCGACCCGUAAGGAGGCUUCUAUUUUCAAGAACCUGAGUCUGGUGGUCCCAGCUGGUACGGUCAUGGCUGUGGUUGGCUCCAGUGGAUCUGGAAAGUCAACCAUGGUGUCACUGCUGCUCAGACUGUAUGAUACCGAUCUGGGAAACAUUACCAUAGAUGGAUAUGACAUCAGGGAUUUGAAUCCCUAUUGGCUAAGGAGUCAAAUUGGAACUGUCAGCCAGGAGCCUGUGCUGUUUUCUACCUCGAUAAGGGAAAAUAUUACUUAUGGUGCAGUGAACCCUGACGCCGUGACCACAGAAGAGAUCUACAGAGUAGCUAGAGUGGCCAAUGCCUAUGAAUUCAUCCAGGCGUUCCCUAAUGGCUUCAACACUGUGGUUGGGGAGAAAGGAAUUCUGCUUUCAGGUGGUCAGAAACAAAGGAUAGCCAUAGCCAGAGCCUUGCUCAAGGUAAGAACCAGUGGAGUGAUUUUUUUUUUUUUUUUUUUUAAUACUCUACAGAGCCUGUCUCAACAUAUGGGGGUUUGCUAUUUAAAACUGUUGUUUUUUUUUUUACAUUAUCUAUCUAUCUUAUCUAUCUAUCUAGAGUUAGGGCAGACAUAUGAAGCUGAAUUUAAUAUGAAUUUUUUUUUUUUUUUACCUCUACAGAAUCCUGUGAUAUUACUUUUGGAUGAGGCUACCAGUGCGCUGGAUGCUGAAAAUGAAUCCUUGGUCCAAGAGGCAUUGGAACGCCUGAUGGACGGAAGAACUGUUGUUAUCAUUGCUCACCGACUGUCCACCAUCAAGAAUGCAGAUGCCGUGGCUGUGCUAGACCAGUGCCGUGUGGCGGAGUGCGGCCAGCACUUGGAGCUGCUGAGCAACAAAGAUGGGCUGUUCAGAAAACUGAUGGAGAAGCAGGCCUUUUUGCAGGAGGAACACAGCAGAGCACUGGGCUGAGAUAGCAGCGUAAAAACCCGCGCGGAGAAGGGGAAGGAGACACCUCGACGUGGAGUCAGUGGCUUUGCUGUGGGAACAAUGCAAAAUGCUGCCUCGAGAUUAUAGGUGGGAACAGGGAAAGUCAAAUAAUAUUUUAUUUUUGGACUAGAUCUGAAUGAAUAUGAGGACUAGGAUUAAGAUGAGAUGUGACAUUACAUGAAGAGAAUUCAUUUUUUUAACACUUUAUAUGUAAAAUUAGAGUUAAUAAAAUACAUUUUUAAACACAGAUUUUUAGUUGAAAAAAAAGAGAAAAAGACUAUAUAAAUAUAAGACUGCUUCCAGGGUUCAAAAUCAUUUAACAAUGAGAAACUUUUUACAUUAAGUGGUAGUCUGAUCGAACAUACGGUAUAAUGAGUGGUGUCGUUAUACAUUAUAUCAGUGCAACACAUGCAAGUGCUGCAGACGUACAGUGGAACCUCGAGAUAUGAGCAAAAUCCAUUACAGGACCGAGCUCGUAACUCAAGGUGCUCGUAUAUUGCAUCUUUUCCCAUAAGAAAUAACAGAAAAAAAAUGUAUCUGUUUCGGCCCUCU